CCUCCUCCCCAUGGUCUCCUCCUCACGUUCUCUCCUCCCCAUGGUCUCCUACUCCCCAUGGUCUCCUCCUCCCCAGAGAAAGGAAAUCAAUCAUAUCUCUCAAAUUGGAGCAAAGAAAUUAGGAAAUUGAUCUGGUGCGCUCACGCCAUGGAAUCUCUCAUCCUCCUCCCAUGGAUAAAACAAACAAAUCUCUCUCAAAUUGGAGCAACCAAGUUGGGGAAUAGAUCAGUCCUAGGAUUCAAUCCUAGGUUUGCUGACGUACACUCUUUGGGCACUUCGUGGAGAUCGCGACGGGGCAGAACCAAGCCCAUGCCGCCAUCUUAUAAAUUAACUGCAGCCUGACACAAACAAUCUACACAUCAAGGAGGCUCCUGUCGGUCGUGAACAUCGCCGCUGGUGAACCUUCUCCUGUUUGGUCAACUUCUUUUGUUUACCUUCAAAACAAUGGCAUACGAUAUGCUCCAUGAGAUUAGCAAUUAGAAGGAUUCCUGGAAAGUCAAGGUCAGAAUAAUUAGGCUAUGGGAUGCCAUUAAUCUCAACAGCAAUGAACUUAUUAGCCUUGACAUGAUACUACUUGAUGAAGAGGGUACUAUGAUACAUGGCAAGGUAAUGAAGCAUAUGGUUAACAAGUUCAGACCAUUGAUCCGAGAAGGUUUAGUCUACAUGAUAUCAAAUUUUAAGGUUAUGUCUGCAAUGAAUUUCCGCCCAGUUGAAAGCGAAAAGGUUCUAAAUUUCUUGCACAUGACAAAAAUUCAAGAGAUAAAAGGUCAAAAAAAUAUCAAAAUAGCAGAACAAAGCUUAACGUUUUGUACUGUUGAAGUUCUUUCCACAAGAGACAGCCAAAAGAUUUACUUAUCUGGUAUGAUUUAAUUUGUUUCAAUUAUUAACUUCCAUCUAUUAUGCAUAUUAAUACCACUUUAUUAGCAGACGUCAUUGGCAUAGCAACUUACAUAGGACAUAUUGAAGAAACACACACAACCCAUGGGAUUUCAAAGAUUCGAGAUAUUGUGCUUCGGAUUGAGGAUCAAAAAAUUAAUAUUAGACUAUGGGGUAAUAAGGUUGGUCAAAUUGAUGAAGAUUCAUUGGGGCGUGUGGUCAUCGUAACAUCAACUAAUGUUAGAAAACUCAAAGAGUACUCGCUGUCAUCUACAGGUGCGACCAGAGUUUACAUCGAUUUGGAUAUCCCUGAAACAAAUGAGCUUCAAACGAGGUAUUGCUUGCAAAAUGAUAUGGUAGAAGAAAUAGAGCCGGAAGCCCAUUUGCAAGGCACAAUUCAAGAACAGAUGCUCUAUAACAGAAGAACCCUAAAAGAAAUAACUGAAAUUACAUAUGAAUCUGAAAAACAGGAAAAGUUCUAUACUGCAGAAGCAAUGAUUAAGUCAAUUAAUACAUCAGAUGAGUGGUACUACAUAGGAUGCCGUAAAUGCAACAAAAAAGUACAGAAACAAGGGAACCACUUCUACUGUCCGAAAUGUGAAAAAGAACCUGAGAAGAUAUGUCCAAGGUACAAACUGAAACUAGAGAUAUGUGAUCUCAGUGCAACAACAACUUGCACCAUGUUUGAGGCAGAAGCAAAAAAAUUGAUUAAGCAAUCUGCAAGUGUUUUGAUAGAGAGGGAUGAUUGUGAUAUCCAUGAGCAGGCAAAACAAAUCCAGAAAAUAUGUGGGCAGAGAUUGAUUUUUCAAUUCAGAUUGAAUGACUAUAAUUUGAAGUACGGUUAUCAAGAAUACACUGUUCAUAGAAUCUUUUUCAUAGAUUCUGAAAAAGAUACAUCAGUAAAUCAUUCAAAUGUUGAGCAGAUGGAGGAUGAUAAACCCAUUCUAACAGACACUAAAAAGACUAGGAGGACUAGGAACACACGUCAUGUUGUACAUUCUGAUGAAGAAUCAGAAAAUCUGGAUAGUCAAGAGAAAGAUGAAUUCAUAUCUGUUGUUGAUAAGGAAUCUAAGAAAAAGGGAAUUCAAAAAGAUAGCCAUGAGCAAGCGGACAAGUUAUCCGUUAUGAAAACUAUAAAGCAAGAACCAGAGGAUGGUGAACCCACUAUUAACCGGACUAAAAGGGGUAGGAGAAGUAGCACAACUCAUGUUGUACACCUUGAUGAAGAACCAAAAACUGAAAGUAGUCAAGAAAUAAUGAAAUCAAAAUCUAUGGAAGCAGGCCCCAAGAGGAAACGCGCCGUAACUCGCAAAUGUGCUGGUAUCGAUAGCAAACAAGUAAAGAAUGACCGUGAAGAAGAAUCAGAACAUGCAGGUACUGAGGAGCACAAUGAUUCAAGGCCUAGGACAAGGCGUAGUUGUGUCAAUAAAGAAUUGAUGAACAAAGAGAUUCAGAAGUGUGGUGUAUCAAGAACUCGAAAGUCAAAUCGUUGAUUAGUGGAAAUCCAAUUAUUUAGCAUGUAAUAGAACAUAUAGGAGCAUCAGAUUUGUACAUCAUAUGAACAUCAUUGUUUAAGAUUGAUUUUAGUAAAUGUAAAUGCGUACCUUUGUGUUAGUAAAGUCAUUAGUGAAAAUCAGCCACAU